UCAUUCACUCAAUUAUUAAUAGCAACAAAUAUUGAUCGACCACUGGCUCAAGGGACACUCCCAGAGUCACUGACAAGUCUGGACUUUAGUAACACCUUUGAUCAGCUGAUAUUGCCCGGCUCACUACCAGGCAAUCUACAACGAAUUGGCCUUGGAUCACAAUUCAAUCAAACAAUCAUACCGGGCUCAUUGCCCGACUCGAUCGACUGCCUGGAGCUUCAAAGCCUGUACAACAAGAUACUGCUCCCUGGUGCAUUGCCUCAGUCCUUGACACAUCUGACUCUGCCCUUUGGCCCAGACACCAAGUUGAUGCCCGGUGUGCUGCCGCCCUCGCUUCACUCAAUCAACUUUAGUCAUGUCACUGGUGUCAUGCUCAAUCUGAUGUCACAAGGAUCAGAUCUCGGCAAUUGUUCAUUCCCCUCAUCUGUCACAUCACUUCAUCUUGGCCAUGACUUCAACCUUAGACUUGUCCCGGGGUCGCUGCCGCCCUCACUCAAAGUGCUCCACAUGUCGACCAACUACUCACAUCCGAUCACUGGCGGCGUGCUACCCGACUCCCUGACGACGCUGUACAAUCACUCCAGAUACUCGUCGGUACUGACCACGGCGUCGUUUCCCAAGAAGCUCACACAUCUCUACACUUACAUGCAUGUGCCAUUUGCUCCACUCCCUCGCUCGAUACAUACACUUCAUCUUUUCAUUCCCGAUGUCAUCAUCUCAACUCAUAUCAAUAGUAUGGAGAACAGUCAUAUGCCAUUGGUACUGAGUGAGGGAUAUCUGCAGGACACACUCACCGAGCUUCGAAUGCCCCAAGCAUUCAACGAGGCACUCUCCAUUGGCUCACUCCCCAGCUCAUUGCAGACACUUCUAUUUGGUCAAUUCUUCAACCAGACGCUGCAGCCGGAUGUACUCCCUCGAUCACUGACCACACUUUCGUUCGGACGUACCUUCAACUCACCCAUUGUACCUGGCGUGCUUCCACAAUCACUCACCAGUCUAUCACUGAACGAAUGUAUUGGGUUCAAUCACCCUCUACUUCCUGGUGCGCUCCCUCCAUCACUCACAACAUUGAUGCUUUCAUCAGUGUUCAAUCAAUCACUUGGUCCAGGCAUCUUGCCUCAGUCACUGCGCAACCUGAAGCUGCUCACCCUCUUGCCACCACCAAACCAACUUGUGCUGCCGGCCCAGAUGACCUCACUUACCGCUUAUCUACCAUACGUCACAUGUUGUUCGAGUGUGGAUACAGUCGAGCUGGUUGGUCAAUUGAAUGUCAUAUUCCCAAUACAUACCAAAGUUAGGAAGAUGAUCAUUCCGUCUGCUCUCAUCAACUUCCUGCAUUGUUUCAUGUCGUCCAUGCCCAAUGUUGACACAUUCAGCACAGUCUAUCCCUCACUGGGCAAUAUGACAUUCCGUUUGAUGGACAAUGAAUCCGACCCUCAUGUGAUGGUUGUGGUCGAGAGAUGGACAAAGAAAUACGAACAUUGCGAUAUGAUGUACUCCAAUCACUUGCUCAUCACUACGCAGUCAGACAUUGUUCGAUGGGCCACUGGAUCGAAUGUUAUGGGACAACAUCAACAUUUGGUAUUACAGCAAUAUAGGCAAGCCAAUCAGCAACAGCAACAACGAUAUCCUCUCCAGACACAUGCAUUGCAACAACAACAACUACAACAACUACAACAACAAUCUCAAAUGCCACAGAUCCCACCACCGGUGUAUAGAAUGAUCAUGCCACAGAUCCAACAAGGCAUUGCGCCACAAUUACCACAACAACAAUCGCCUCUAAUUCAGUCGUAUCAACAGCAACAGAAACAUUCAAUAGCCUUCCAACAACAAAUGCAACGGUAUCAGCAAAUUCAACUUCAACAACAACAACAACAACAACAACAAAUGUUAAUACAACAGCAACAUCAACAACAACAACAACAGCACCAGUCAAUGAACAGGCAGCAUCAACUUCUGCCCCAGCAAAUACAACAACAACAACAACAACAAUUCAUGCCGAAUAACCAACAGCAAUUUCCAUGGCCACAGCAACAACAAUAUGCUUCCACCAUUGUCCCAGGACCAGCCAUUAAUGCGGUUCCACUACCUCCAGUAUUAUUGUUCCAACAAAGGAAAGAUCAGUCUCCUCCACAGCCCCAACAACCGUCACAACAACAACAACAACAACAACAACAACAACAACAACAACAACAACAACAACAACAACAGCAGCAGCAGCAGCAGCAGCUACCAAUUCUUACAACGUAUCCUUCACCCACAUCCAUUAUCAGUUUGGACUCUGAGGACGAAACACCAAACGAAAAGGGUUUAUCCAGAAGCAGAAAAGAAGAUGGAAGCUCGCCUUUAAGUAUGACACCAGAUGGCUCUUCAUCG